UUUACAACUGGGCGAAAAAGACGAUUGACUUGUGUUUACUGUAUGUUUUUCUUUCUUUUUUUCGGAAUUGUGUUGUAUAUUUUAUUAAAUGUAGGCUUCUGUGUGAAUGAUUACGACGGAAAGUUGCUUCUCACCACAGAACAGAUGGACCAAGCAGAGGAGCUGAAAGAAAUUGCCGCAUGGCUCAGUGAAGAGGGACUUCCUCCUGAUUCAUCUAAGGAGACUCAGCUGUGUUUGCUAUGGCGUGCUCUCCGGAACACAAGGAGCUGUCUGGGCAGUGUGACACAAGAUCUAGAAAUGCAUCGCUCACAACAGAAAGCAGAAAUGGAAGAGGGCACAAAGAUGUUUUGGCUGAAGCGAUACAAGAUGAGAAUGAUCAGCUCAGGGAGCAGCUACAACGUCUCAUAUCACUUCAAGAUGCCCAGAUAAGUGAGGUGGCUAAAAUGCUGUACCAACAGGGUCUUACAGAGCUGAUUCACAGCAGCCCCAGUGAGCAGGUGGCAUACCUCCUGGUGGAGAGGGCUUCCCUGCUUGAGAUAGCUGAAGAUCGUGUCAAGCUGACGGGUGACAGAAAGCCAGAGAGACAUUUGGAGAUGGAUGCACAAGCCAUGACCACCAGUGCAUGCCAGUCUACCCACAAGAGGGCACCACACCAUUUGCAAAGCACAUGGAAAAGAUUGUUUGGACUUCACAAGACUCCACAAAGCAAAAAUACUUUUAUUCCUAAUGAGGCGAGACCUUUGGCUGGCCAGGCAAGUGGUUUGGAGAAGGAGUGCUCCCGUCUGGAGCGGGACCUAGAAGAGGGUUCCCGCAGACUGGCCAUGGCCCACAGUGAAAUCCGUCGCUUAACUGAUGACUUGGAGUCUGCUCAUUUAACCCGAAGAGCGUAUGAGCCUGAGCUGCAGUCUGCACAGCUUGAGGUGGAGCAGCUCAGACAGGAAGUAGAAAAACUGAAGAAGUAUGAAAUGGUGGAACUGCGGAAGGCCAAAGAGCUGAGUGAUCGUCUGGACCUUGAGAUCAGAGCCCUGAGGAACAGAGUUCGCACUGUGGAUGCUGAGAAAAGCUCUCUUCAGCAGACGGUAGCGUCUCUGCAGGCGGAAGUUGAGAGGAUGGAGUCAGCCCUGCAGGCACAACAGCAGGAACUAACCUUGCAGAUAGAGACAGACCAAGCUAAGGAAAUAGCCAAAGUACAAACAGCAGAACUGGCACAAAACCACAAAAUCUGCAUUAAUUUGCAAGACAAAUUAACUGCGCAGACAUUAUCUCUUAUGGAAAAAGAAGAAAUUGUUGAAUCUCUGCAAAAGGAAGUGAAGCGGUUGGAGUCAGCCUUGCAGGACCAGCAGCAGCAGCAGCUUAGGACUUCCAGAGAAGCUGAGGCGAUGGAGAGUAAUCAGACCUGCAGAUAUGUACACAAUAAGAUCUGUGCUAAUAAAAACUGCGUUUUGGAAAAGCAGUCAGAGAUAUUUUGUCCUCAGUUUGUGGAUAAUCACAACAGCAACUUGAAUAACAUUAUAGCCAAGAUCUGCACCAAAGAAAGCAACCUCAAGGACCAAAGGUCGUUAAAAGGAAAAAACUCAGAAUUACAGACAGGUGAAAAUGCCCACUCUCAAUUAGAGAAUUCCUUCAAGACUGAAAAUAACGCGCUUCAGACACAGUUGUCCAAAGAAAACUCUCUACCAAAGGAGUGUUCUGGCUGUCAGCAAGCAAAGCAGACUCUGCUCUCAACCCAAGAUGAAUGCGAAACCCUGAAAAAGGAAAUCUGCGACACUCUUAAAUACGUUGACAAAGAACGAAGUAAAUACCACAACCUGAAGGAAAAACAUAAGAAGAAGCUGUCACAAGCCAAACAAAAAAUUGAUCAUGAAACCACAUGGCGUGAUGAAAGGAUAAAAAAUCUUGAGAGAGAAUUGUCCUUGUGUGCCCACUCAUUAACAAAGGAGAAAGAACUUGUUGUAUGCAUAACUGCGGAAAAUGAGAAACUGCUCUUUGAGAAGAGAAAGCUGUUACAACACCUUAAUGAGGAAGAGCACCACAACAAUAAUCCUAUAGCUUCUUUGUCUAAAUGCAGGUACUGAAUUAACCUAGUUCAAGUUAUGUUUGGAAGAAGUGGCAAGUAGUUCUUUACACUAUGUGUGACGACAUUUACGUUAACACAGUGGAAAUAAAUGUGAAGUGGAAAAACUGAGUUAUGAUGUGAAAAGUUUGAAGCCAUUGCAUCAGCUUUCCUGUUUUCAAUUCAUCUUUGAAAAUGCAUAACCACCAUUUAUUCAGGGACACAGCAGCAUGGUUGGGAUUGACAAAGAUUAAAAUGACUUAUAUGCAUUUCCAUCACCUUUUUAAUCUAUUUUGUUUAUGGCACACCUGCCAUAUUUGGAUACGUAGAUACAUGGAUUUUUAUAGAGGCUCACACUGGUGACCCUAGAGCUUUGCUAUCCCAUUAGCCAAACAAUCUCAGCAGUUUCAUUUUAAAAAAGCAAGUUAAUUAAUAAAUAAUUAAUCCAUCAUAUUUUGUUUUUGUUUAAUUAGGAUCUACACUUCAAGUCCAAUCAGCAACAGAUUUCGACAUCUCUUGCUGUGCACACUUCACGAAGUCUGAUCCUGGUUCAGAAAUCAGUCAAUCAAUUUGCUUUGUGUCUCUAGAAUGAUGUUUUUUUUUUUUUUAGAUUCUUGAUUUAUUGGACAGUAUACAGACCAGCCCCACCAAGCAGACAGAUGUCACUGCUUCCUCUCCCAGUGGUACAUCUGGGGUCUUGAUUAGUUACCUGAACUUGACAUCAAUGGCGAGUGUCUCAGACCACUUUAGACCCUGAACGUUUGCCUUCCUGAGCUUUCUAUCUGCAAAAUGAAUGUAUUGUACAAUCAUUUUUUAUUUGUAAUUUAAAUGAAUACCCAAACAUGCAACUAAAUUUGUGCUUAAUUAAUAAAAAAUGAAACCAUCUAAAAUCAGUGAUCAGAGGUAGAUCAGUUACAUUUUAUCUGUAUUUGAGUAAUUUUGAGUAAAUUUGUCUCAUCCAUCUGUCAACCACUAUUAUCUACACUAGUUCAAUAGUUGCGUGGUGGUUUUGACAUAUAUUAAAAAGGUUUCCUGCAUUCCUGCAUGCAUCAUGUUGUAAUUGUUCUCUCUCGACUUCCUUUUGAAGUCCCCACCCGUUCCCCCAGGCCAGAUUCAAGGCCGGGCAGUUUAAAUGGUGGAUCACUAUAAAUAUCUGGGAACAAUUCCUGACAAUGAACUUGCAUUUAUUGGCAAGAUUAAUGCUGUGUGUACAAAGGUCCACCAGUGCAUGUAUUUUUAUCAUAAACUCAGGUUUUUUAAUGAGACAAGACACUAAAAUGUUUUUUUUUUCAUUUAAUCAGUUGUAAUACUCUCUAUGUCCUGCUUAUAAACAUAAAUAAUCUGGAAGUCUUUUAUAGGGUCGUAGCCUGAAAGAAGGCAGAAAGCACUGUGCCUGACCCCUGCCACCCUCAGCAUACAGGAUACAUGUUUAAUAUAAUCGGGACACAGAUACAUAUGCAAAACAAACAUAGGAUUCUCCUUUGUUUCAGGAUCCAUCAGCCUUUUUAAGUAACUUGUGAUGAAUUGCUGUCCCCCUUUUACACAAAGUGUUAUCUGUAUUGUAUUUAAUUUUGUGUGUGUUUUCCAUUGUAACCUGCUGCUUGCAUGAAAAAAGUGCCCCUUGGGGACAAUAAAGUUUACCUUAAACUUCU